AUGUCAAUCAUUCCUCACAGACCUCCAGAUACUCCACUGAUGCAAUUUUAUUCAACUGGGAAGUAUUCAAAGCCUAUAAGUGAGAGAAAAUUUAAGCCCAGUGCUGCUGAGCCAGGCCCUGCUGCUAGAAUGUCUGAAAGAAAUCUCCAACCUCAUGAUGAAAUAAACGUAAAAGCAAUAAAUCAAAGUAAAUUCUCGAAGAGGCACUACAGGCCUGACAAUUAUGUGAAAUUGGAAAAAGAAGCAAAUAGAAUUGAUAUGAGACAGACAGACAGCAAUCUCACCUUGAACAAGGUGCAUAAUAUGAAAAGAGAUAUUGAGAUAAACAGGAAGAACUUGGCUAAUAACUUUGGAGAGCCACUCAACCAGUUCAACGUUGCACGAAAUGUUCAAAAAUCUGAAUUUGAGAAAUUAAGAAGUGAGCAACUAAAUUCUAAAAGAUCAAGUUCAGGGAUGAUUAGGACCUCUAGAGGAAAAGAAAUAGCAGAGGCUAUGUUGAGAAGAACUAAUGAUGAAAAUGGAUAUUACAACAACACAAAACAUUUAUUCAUGACUAAAAAGCGAAAUUCAGGUCAAUACCAAAAUACUAUUCCUGACUAUUUAAGAAUUCUUGAGAAACCUCAGAAUAACGCUGAUCCUUCAAAAGCUAAAGGCUUCAAUGGGACAAUGACUAUUGUAUCUAGAAAUCAAGGUUGGAUCACUGUAACACCAAAGAAUCAAAAUAGAAAAUAAGCCUGUUGAGAAAUUUGGAGUUUCAGGAGAUGCAGCCAAAACAUCAAAACUGACUCCAAACUGGAUGCAUUGUCAAUACCCUAAAAACACAACUGAUCCAAUGCAGGCUGGAGUCAUCUCAGAGCAUAAUAUGAGACUAGAGAAAAAGAGAGUCUAUCUUGUCCCAAAGGAAAAACCACAAAAUAUAUGGAAAGAACUAGAUCCAGAGACUACUCAACACUUGCAUGAAAAUCACCGGAAUAUCAUAAACCAAGCCCAAUCCACCAACAUGGGAAAUACUAUGAACUGGAGAGAAAAUAUGGCAAAACAAAGGUUCGAUAAGAAAGUAGCAGGCAAAAUAGGGUCUUAUCACGGCUAAAUUAGAUAAUUAUCGUUACAAUUCAAUAUU